AUGUCUUCCCUUUCCAAAACACAAAACGCAUCAAACCCAAGCGCAUUGUUUGGACUGCAAGGUCAGAAUGUUUUAAUCACCGGUGCUACCCGUGGUAUUGGCCAGGCUUGCGCUAUUGGACUUGCAAAGGCUGGCGCUAAGCAUGUCAUUCUCGUGCAGAGAGACACCUCCAACACAGCAACAAAAGAUCAAAUCACACAGGCCGGCAGUAAGGCUGAUAUAGUCAUCGCAGAUUUAUCCGAUAUGGAUGCUGUUAAGGGUGUGUUCGAUAAGGCCGUUAGAGUGGCAGACGGUGGACACAUUGAUGUUCUGAUUAACUGCGGUGGUAUACAAAGACGCUCGCCAAGCACAGAGUUCAGCGAAUCAGACUGGGACGACGUAAUCAACGUUAAUUUGAAAUCUGUUUGGUUGUUGUCUCAGGCAGCAGGAAGACACAUGGUACCCAGAAGACACGGAAAAAUAAUCAACUUUGGCUCACUAUUGUCAUUCCAAGGUGGAUUCACUGUCCCAGCUUAUGCAUCUGCUAAAGGUGCAGUCGGUCAGCUUACCAAGGCACUUUCAAACGAAUGGAGUAAGGAGAAUGUCAAUGUCAACGCUAUCGCGCCAGGUUACGUUGCUACCGAUAUGAAUGAGAAGUUGCUCGCUGAUCCAAACAGAUUGAGACAGCUGAAUGAGCGCAUUCCUGCUAGUAGAUGGGGUGAGCCUGCUGACUUUGUCGGCCCAGUGAUAUUCCUCGCAAGUGAGGCAUCCAAGUAUCUCAGUGGGGAGAUGCUUACUGUCGAUGGUGGAUGGAUGGGUCGUUGA